AUGCUGCAGCUUUGCUUGCCACUCCGCAGAAAUGGUUUUCGCCGACGAGGCCGUGUAGUACUUGCCGGGACACUUGUGGCAGCAGCCAGCGCUCCAUUUCGCUUCUCCGCCGCCUACUCUGCCGUGGAAAGCCCGGAGAUCACAUGGAUUGAGCCGUUUGCUCACUAUGGUCAUCGAUUUGAUUCCAAGAAACUGCCUGAGGGUCUGAGGUAUUGCCGUGAUUUCAUCACUUCUACGGAAGAAACUGGCCUAGACCAGUUGUUGUCCAGUGGACCUUGGCUUCGACACAUCAAGAGCCGCGCCCAGCAGUUCUUUGGUUUGGUCUACUAUGAGACGACUCAUGAGCUUCCAGCACUUCAGCCAAGCCAUCCAGAUGCUCAGAAGGAGGCCAGGCCACUUCGAGAUGUACCAGAUUGGUUGAUGCAGCGAGUCUUAGCCACUGGCGCAUUCCCCAGAAACGAAGUGAACCAGGUUGCUGCCAACGAAUACUUGGAUCGUGCUGGUAUCUCCUCCCACGUGGAAGAGCCCACAUCCUUUGGUCCAAACUUGGCCACGCUCUCCAUGCUGUCUCCAGUAGAGAUGACGCUGACCCCUGCGGAGGAGGAUUUGCACGGGAGAGAUGGCCUCGAUCAUGGCAACUGGGUGAAGAUUCUGCUGGAACCCAGGAGUUUGUUGCUCCUUCAAGGCGAAAGCCGCUAUGGCUUUCGUCAUGGCAUCAGACGAUCGAAGCUGGUCAAAUUGGCAGACGGACAGCAGCUGCGAAGAGGACCAGGCUACCGCAGGGUUUCUCUGACCUUUCGGGAGCUGCUUCCCAGCCGUCGGCAGCUGGAUGUCGGAGCCUCCGGUGCUGGGACCAGCAUCAUUGGUUUCAUUGCAACCUCCGAGGACUUUCUUAGCAUCAGCAAUGCACACUUGUCAGAUAAGCAACCUAUCCGCUGGAGGCAUUUGCUGGAGGGCAAGAGUGGACAUGUAGGCGAACCAAAGGGUCGCCAGGAUCGGCGGCUGCCAAGACCCAAAGAGGUUCCAGCCUUCUUCAUACCCAAGACACCAGAGGACAAGGCUCAGAUUGACGCUGAAGCAGCCGCAAUCGCGUUGUUGGCUAUGGUGCCAAAAGUUUCCAGUGGUCGACCAUCAAGGCCCGCUGAGAAGCUGACGUUGCAUCGCUUCGCUGCCGCGAUGCCAGCAGAGCGACCGGAGUCAGCAGCCCUGAGGCGACCCCUGAGUCGAGCUGAAUCCUUCUCCGGCCAUCCCCGGCCUCCUUGCGAGAAAAAAAUGUCUGGUGUGAUGGAACUGUGA